AUGAUUAGAUUAUUAAAUUUAACAUUGCUAUUAAGUUUAACAAUUAUUAUAUCAACAGUCACAAAUGGUGUAGAUGCAUAUAAAAGUAAUCAACAACAACAACAACAACAAUCGAUUGUUACCAAUUCACUAAGAUCAUCAGACUCUUUGUAUAUAUAUGCAUUCGGACUAUCAGGUAAUAACAAUUAUAAUAUAUCGAUUAUUGACGUUGAGAAUGGUGAAACAUUGAAAUAUUUCAUUAUUCCAGCUUAUGAUAUCCUAGGAAUUGCAAAUGAUGAUGAAAAUAAUUUAAUUAUAUUGGGACAACAAGAUAAUGGUACCUAUAUACUUUCCAAACUGGAUCAAGGUAGUGAUGUACUCACUACCCUCUCUAGUAUGACCGCUCUACCAAGAUCAUUCACAUACGUGACUUCCUCAUAUGCCUACUAUCCGAAUCUUGGUAACACCGCUGCACUCCUAGGUCUGUUCGGUAAAGAGAAGGUUGCAUUGGUUCAAUUCAAUUUCACCGAUAGUACAUUGUAUGUUACUGGUAAUCCAAUUGCUUCUGGAUCAGGCGAUAACUAUUAUGUACAGUAUCAGAGUGCCGAUAGUGACCAGCAAAUGCUAUUGGUCUAUAGCAUCUCUCAACACCAGAUUAUAAGAAGUAUCAUAUUCAUGGCUAAAAGUGACACUGCUUCUGGUGUUGGUGGUGGUGGCGGUGGUGGUGGUAGUGGAAGUAGUGGCAGCAAUGUAGUGUUACCAACUAUAAACAAUAUAUCUAUGGAACGUAUCGAUCUUGUUCCACUGAAAAAACAACUCAAUACACUUUUAGCAGAUAAGACAGAUCAGUAUUGGGAUUACAUUAAGAGAUUCCUACAAGGUAAACUCUCUAAACGAGAGUUAGAUUACUUUGUAUUGGACUAUCUAACUGAAUCAAAUACUUUGUUAUCUUUUUUUCUUUGGAUAUCAAAAGUACAUGUACAUAAUCAAUUCUUUAAAGCAUUGAUAUUCAAUUCAUUCUAUGCAAAGACUUCUCCACCCGUUUUGGAACCACCAAGACCGGUGCCAAAGAAGAAGUUACUGUCGUUCUCUACGGCGGUGAGCAAUGUACCUAUCAACUCGGAUGUCGGAUCGCCUAUCUCUGUCAUCGGAGAGAGUGGCUCGCAAGGUGCCGCUGCUGCCGCUGCAUCGCUUGGCAAUGGCGCGUCGGCAAAAGAGAAAGAUUCGAAAUCACAACUUGUAUCAUCGUCAUCCAAGUCAAAAGACAGAGAUAAAGAGAGAAGCGAUAAGAAGAAAGAUAAAACACACUCUGAGAAAUCAAAGAAAGACAAACUGUCAUCUAGCAGCAGCAGCACAACCAAUACACCAAAGAAGAAGUCAACCUCUUCUUCUUCCUCUUCUUCUUCCUCUUCAAACAGCAAGCGACUUAGAUCUUCAACAUCAUCUACAACACAAUUACAAAAGAGAGAAAAGAGAAUACAUCCAAAGUAUUCAUUGCUAUAUUGUCCAGAGAUACAGGCACUUAAAGAUAGAAUGGAAACGAUUGCAUGCGAGUCGGGAUUGAAUGGUGUCUCAAGACAGAGUGUGAUUUAUAUGAUGAUGGCAUUGGAACAGCAUAUUAGAGAGAUACUUCACAAUACGAUGCCUGUAUUUCAACAGCAUGCCAACCAUGAUCUUCCACAGAGUCAACAACCACCACCUUUCUAUCUGGCGUAUCAGUAUGAUCCCAAUAUUGACAACCCAACUGUGUCGUCGACCUCCAACAGACAGCCAUCGACGUCACAACUAACAUUGAAAAACAACAGUCACUAUAACCAACAAACAUCAACAGAUACAUCACAGUCACUAUCAGAUGAUAAUGAAGAUUCUCAAAUUGAAGAUAACAACAACAAUAAUAAUAAUAAUCAACAAGAAUCAAAAAUAACAGAUACAAGUAAUAAUAAUAACAACAACAACAACAAUAAUAAUAAUAAUAAUAAUAAUAAUAGUGAUCAACAACAAGUUGAUGAUCCAAUGGAUAUAACUCCAUCUGUAAAUCUUAGUAUAAAUAAUAAUAAUAAUAAUAAUCAACAAACUACAUCAACAACAAUAACUACAACAUCUAGUUCUACACCAACAACUACAACUACACCUACAACAACAACAACAACGUCAGCGCCAACAGUAAAUAACAAUAAGAAAUCGUUAGAGCAGAACCCUAACUAUUAUCAAUCAAAGAAUCCAUUGUUAUCCUUUAGUAUACCAGUUUAUAAAAUACCAGAUAAUAUUUUCACAAUUAAAAAUAACAAUGAUGAUGAAGAGAUGACACUAACCACAGAGGAUCUCUAUUCGACCAUUGAAUAUGAACUGAUAGCACAACAAUCACAAGCAAAUACACAUACACAAUCACAACAAAAACAACAACAACAACAACAACAACCAUCAACACCACUGAUACUUGAAGUAGAUACAAGAAUGACAUCAUCAACAACAUCAUCAUUGUCUACUUCAUCAUCAUCAUCAUCAUCAACAACAUCAACAUCAACUACAACCACUGCAUCAACAUCGGCAAUGGCAUCAAACUCAAACCCUUCCUCUGCAGUUUCAACACCUCAGUCAUCACCGAGUUCACCCUCUCCAUCUAUGGCCUACUAUGAUUCUGAAUCACUCACAACUCCAUCUAUUUUGGAGAAUAUUAAUCGUAAUGAACAACACUCUGUAGAUCAAUACAUGGUCUAUUCUGAAAAGAAUGAUAGAAAGAAAGAUGGAGAUAAAAGAAAUAUCUUUAUUGGUAAUAUUCCACAUCAUAUUACAACUGAACAAUUUUCAACUACAUUGGAACAAUAUAAUCCGACAUCUUUUAGGAUCAAGAUCAAUGACAAAGGUCAAUCACUUGGCUAUGGAUUUGCACAAUUUAGAAAUGAAGAAGAUGCACUCAAUGCAAAAACCAAGUUACAUCUAUCAAAAUGUUUUCAUCAUGAACUUAAAGUGUAUUGGGCAAUACCAAUCACUACACUUUAUGUUACAAAUGUAGAUACUAAAAUGAACCAAGACGAAUUUCUAGAUAUCUUUUCAUCAUAUGGUUCAUUAGAUUACAAAGAUUGUGUGUUCAUCAACAACUAUGCAUUCAUUCGGUUCAACUGUAGAAACGAAGCAGAGAACGCACUUGCCAACCUCCAUGGUGCAUUUAUCGGCGAGAAACCUAUAAAGAUCAAAUGGAGCGAUUCCUGUGACCAACGAACAAGUAUUCAUAUUACUUUUAAUCCUAGUCAAUGUAGAGAGUUUGGAAAGAUAAAUCACUACAAUAUUCCAAAGAAUGAAAAUGGUGAAUACGAAGGAUUUGGAUUCAUUCACUUUAAGGACAGCCAAAAGGGCGAGGUUGCCAGCGAGAAUGCCAUUCGUUUCUUCAAUGACGGUGAAUUUAUGGGUGUAAAAAUUAAUUGUUCAUUCUCAAAGAAGAAGGUUGUUACCUCAAAGAAGGCACCAAAGGGUCGCUCUACACCUCUGUCCAACUCUACUACCUCUACAACCACGACAACCACUACAACCACUACAACUAAUAGCAAUCAUCACCAUCAUCACAACCAUCACUCGAAAGGACAACAACAUGUUAUCGAUGCAUCAGAUUUGCUCGUGUCACCACCUGCUCUUACUCCUGUUGACCAUUCAACCAUCUCUGCUAGCAACAAUAACAGUGGAUUGCGUAAGCCAACAGCAGCAUCAACAACCACUGUUGCAGCUACUACUCCAUUGUCACCGGCAGUUUCGACAACAUUAUCGUCAUCGUCGUCAUCAACUAAUUCCUCUCACAUGUUGAAAUACCAACAAGCACAACCUGUUAUUACAGCAACUACCACUCCCACAACAACAACAACCACUGUUGUUCCAUCUAAUAACACCAACUCUAACAGUCAUAGAGUUGGUAAAUCGAAUUCUUCGACCUCUCAUCAUGUGCAUCAUCAACAACAACAACAACUGCAACAAUCACACCAUUCACCACCUCAGAAAUGGAAACAGACACAACAACAACAACCGCCUGCUCAGUUGCAACAUAAUGCUGGUGGUAAGUCUAACAAGUCAAAGCAUCAUCAUCAUCAACAACAACAACAACAACAACAGCAGCAGCAGCAGCAACAACAGCAACAACAACAACAUCACCACAAUAACCAUCACCAUCACCAUCAUCAAUCCCAACAACAACAACAGCAGCAACAUCAACCAAUGAUGUCACCUACCUACCACCACCCUCAGAUGCUUCACCAUCCACAACUCAAUACAAACUAUCAUUCACAACAUCCAACAUCGCCACCAACAACAACCUCCAUUAUUGCAUCGUCACUUUCACCUCCAGAGAGUCCAUUUGCAAGUGGUUUCAAUGGCAUGUUUUCACCACCUCAAUUUGACCAUGGACAUCCAUUGGCCAAGUCAGAGCAACAGUGGGCACAACAAGUUCCACCUAAUCUUGUUAUCAAUCCACCUCUAAAGUCGAGUUUCAAUCAAAUUCAACAACAACCACCACAACAACAACAAACCUAUCAACCACAACCAUCACAGCAAGUCCCAAUUGGCUCAGAGUAUUCUAACAGCAAGUCAACUACCAGUAUAAAUACUCAACAUGUAAUUAAUAACCCAGUCGGUGUUGGUAGUAUCAAUAACCAUAAACAUUCCCAACGAUCAAAUCAACAAACACCCCAACAACAACAACAACAAUCACCUCCACCACUCCAACAACAACAACAACAACCGAUGGUUUCUUCUUUUUUACCAACAAGAUUCCGUUCCUCAUUGAAUGGACAAGAUUAUUCACAUCUAAAUACAUCCAAUAACAAUCAUCAUGUAUUUAAUAAUACCAUCGUCAACAACAACCCCACUACAACAACCAAACCUCUCAUUCAUCAAUCACCUCAACAACAAUCACAAUCAAACCAACAACAACAACAACAACAACAACAAUCACCUCAUUUACCAUCCAAAUAUCCAAACUACGUCACAUCUUCACGUGAACAACAACAACAGCAACAACAGCAACAACAGCAACAACAACAACGUAGUAAUUCUUUAUCACCAACUAGUUCUUUGUUUGCUCUGGGCUCUCCAUGGUAUUCACCAACUCUUGGCAGUGGUAGUUUAACUAAUUCACCUACUACCCCUUCGUCCAACACAUUUUUAGAUCAAUGGUCAACAACUUCUGAUUCAUUCAGCACAUCUCCAUCUAUGAGAUUGAUGAUGAAUCAAAAUGACCAUAGCGCUCAGCAUAGUCAAUUCCAACAACACUCUGCAUAUUAUCCACAACAACCAAUCUCACCGCUACUCAUGAAAUCACCAUCAUCUUUUUCGAAUGAUAGUGAAUGGCAAGACCUUCAAAGCCAGAUGCAACAACUAGAUUUGGUGCGUGAACGUGAUCAUAUGGUCCAGCCACCACCAUUAAACAAUCAGUAUAAUAAUCAUCAUCAUCAUCAUCACCACCAUCAAAAACAACAACAUUGGUCUCAACAAACACAACAGUACCAACAACCAUCGUCUGUUGUAUCGCCCUUAAAGCAAUAUCGCAACACUCAGGCUUCUUCAUUGUCACGUAAUACCGAGCAACAACAACAACAACAGCAAUCUCAAGUCCAACAUCAACAUUCCGAUGCAAUGACAAGUGUUAUAGUUAGUUUUUCACAUUUAUUAUUAAGUAAAAUUACAGGUUAUUUAGAUGAUAACGUUGAUAGAAUUUGUUUCUCACUUGUUUGUAAACGAUGGUUUCAUGACAGAGAUAGUUAUUUGAUGUUCAACACUGAUGAAUUAAAACUAAAAUAUAGUUUUUGUAAAAGAUUUUAUUUGCGUUCAUAUCAGUCAAUCUAUGAAAAGUCUCUCAAACAAGUUAAAAUAAAAUCUCUUUUUAUCACGCAGUAUGGUGCUACGAUGGCUGGUUAUGACUACUCUUUUUCAUAUAGGAAUGUUUUCAUUCAAGAAGUUAUACCAACAGUAACAAAGGUAAGAAUAGAAGGCUUGUAUAUGGCUGACCAAAAACAAUUGUAUCAGCUAUUGAUAAAAGCACCGAACAUCAGAAAGCUGAAAGGAUGCAACAUAUUGGAACAUGGUCUUCCUCCAAAUCUGACACACCUCUCAUUCGGUCAGCUUUCCAAUCAACCGUUGUAUCCAGGCUGUUUUCCUUUGAGUCUCAAGAAAAUAAAGUUUGAAUGUGCAUUCAAUCAGAGCAUUCCACACGAUAUACUUCCCAAUCGAUUGGAGAAACUUGUCAUUAUGAGUGUCGAUGGGUUUUUCGAGAAUGGAGCACUUCCAUCGUCACUGAAAAAUUUAAAACUACCACUCACCGGACAUGGUUUACAAAUUGGAUCGAUUCCGCCGAAUCUUGAAUAUCUUGAGUACUCUGGUCAUGUUUUCUCACCAUUCCCGAUAGGUACCUUACCAAACACUCUGCAUUCGAUCAGUGGUGUGCCAUCGACAUGGGUUGCAUCGCUAGGAAACCUCACAAAUCUAACCACACUAAUCUUCUCUGGUGACAUGGCUGAUGUAGUUCGAGAUGUUGAUCUUGGUCAACUACCUCCAACUCUUACCACUCUGAGUUUCAACGCUGCGUACAAUUUGACAUCUGCAGUGCAUCCAUCGAUAAAGCAGCUCGAUAUUUCAUCGUCGUGUAGCUACGAUGUCAAUGAAAUAUUUCCGACGAAGAACAAGUAUCAUUUCCAUCGGUUGUCAAUAGCAUUGCCCUAUUCAAACAUUUGUCAUCGCAGAAGCCAAGCCUCUCUAUUCCUAAAGACAUUCAAACUCUCGAUAUUAGAGAAAAGCUCCAUCUAA